AUGUCUGCCUCAGGAACGACAGAUUCUUCGGAGACCCCAGUAAUCCCCAGAGACGUGAGGCUUCUUCAUCUCAUUUUUGCCACUCAAGGUAUCCAAAAUUACCAAGAUCAUGUGCCCCUACAGUUGAUGGACUUUGCCCACAGAUACACAACGUCAGUUCUCAAAGACGCUGUUAUGUACAAUGACCACGCAAAGAAUGCCAUGAAUACGACAAGCUCAACGAGCACAGUUAAUACUGACGACAUCAGAUUGGCGAUUGCAGCAAGAACAAACUAUCAAUUUAAGCCAACGCCUCCAAAGGAGCUCUUGUUAGAGUUGGCCCACGAAAGAAAUGCAAAACCUCUUCCGCCGGUUAUUCCCAAAUGGGGGCUCAAUUUGCCGCCAGAGAAGUACUGUCUCACUGCUAGAGACUGGGAGAGCCUUGAGGAAGAAGCCGCCGACAGCGAGAGUCUGAAAAGGAGAAAGCAAUAA